CCGCUGGCAUGGAGGAGGAGGAGGAGGUGGAGGAGCGCGAGGAGGAGGAGGCGGCGGCGGCGAGCAGUUGAUCAUUGUGAUGGUGGCAGGAGCAGAGGCGGCGGCGGCAGCCCAGCCGAGCGUUAGGGGCUGCUCUCCGCGCGGCGUUUUGCAAAGGACUUCACCGAUCUACUUUUGCAGUCGCCUCGGACUGUCCAUGUGUUUACUUCCCCCAGCCCAAGGAUUCGGUAUCUAGGUUCCUGUGAAAUGCAACUGAGCAGCCAAAGUACUUUGAGAACACGGGGCGGCAUAAACACCAAAACUUUUUUGUGGAAGGAAAAUGCAAUAAGCAAGCUUGCCGUUUUCCGAUGCGGUGUGGAGUGAGUGUGUGUCGCGCGUGUCCGCACCGGAGGCAUAUGCUUGUGUGUGUAUAUGGGGUGUGUUUUUCGGGACGUAGGGAGAAAAUGCUUGCCAGCCACCGGAAAUCUCCUGGAAUUUAUUAGAAAAUAAUGGAUUAUAAAAAGAAGGCAGGCGAAGAGCGGAUCUUCCCUGGAGUUGCAACCCGAUUUGCUGCUGGCUCAGUUUGUUGUGAUUCUUUUUGUUGAUAGGUGUCUGAUGGUAUUCCGAUAACACCCUCCGCUUUUUUUCCCCCCUCGAGCUUUACAGUUUAAAAAAAAAGGAAACAAAAAACCCACCCCAAAAUCUCUCCCCCUUUUUUUCGCCCCGUCGGGAUCGCUGUUUCCAUCCAUGUGCUUGCGUCUCCCCCGCGUUCCACUUAAACUAUUUUAAUCCUUGGACCCAAGGAGGAGGCUGAUAGGGGGGGUGGAUAAAAAAAGUUCUUCCAAAAUAGUGUGCCCAGGGAGCAGGAUGGGGGAUUUCGCAGCCCCCGCGGCUGCCGCGAAUGGCAGUAGUAUUUGCAUCAACAGUAGCCUGAACAGCAGCCUCGGCGGGGCCGGGAUCGGUGUGAAUAAUACUCCCAAUAGUACUCCCGCUGCUCCGAGUAGCAAUCACCCCUCUGCCGGCGGCGGCUCCGGGGGCCCCGGCGGCAGCUCGGCGGCCGUCCCCAAGCACAGCACUGUGGUCGAGCGACUCCGCCAGCGCAUCGAGGGCUGCCGGCGGCACCACGUCAACUGCGAGAACAGGUACCAGCAGGCUCAAGUGGAGCAGCUAGAGCUGGAGCGCCGGGACACCGUGAGCCUCUACCAGCGGACCCUGGAGCAGAGGGCCAAGAAAUCGGGCGCCGGCACCGGCAAGCAGCAGCACGCGAGCAAACCCCAGCAAGAUGCGGAGGCUGCCUCGGCGGAGCAGAGGAACCACACGCUGAUCAUGCUACAAGAGACUGUGAAAAGGAAGUUGGAAGGAGCACGAUCCCCUCUUAAUGGAGACCAACAGAAUGGUGCUUGUGAAGGGAGUUUCUCUCCCACUAGCAAGCGAAUGCGGAAGGACAUGCCUGCAGGGAUGGAAGCCAUCAACAACCUGCCACUGCCUUCCGCUUCUCCUCUUCACCAACUUGACCUGAAGCCUUCUCUGCCCUUGCAGAAUAGUGGGACUCAUGGGCCUGGGCUUCUAGAAGAUCUAAGCAAGAAUGGGAGGCUCCCUGAGAUCAAGCUUCCCGUCAACGGCUGCAGCGACCUCGAGGACAGCUUCACCAUCCUGCAGAGCAAGGACCUCAAACAGGAACCUCUCGACGACCCUACCUGCAUAGACACAUCAGAAACAUCUCUUUCCAAUCAGAACAAACUGUUCUCAGACAUUAACCUGAAUGACCAAGAGUGGCAAGAAUUAAUAGACGAACUGGCCAACACGGUUCCAGAGGAUGACAUACAGGACCUGUUCAAUGAAGACUUCGAAGAGAAGAAGGAGCCGGAAUUCUCGCAGCCAGCUACAGAGACUCCUCUCUCCCAGGAGAAUGCGAGUGUGAAGAGCGACCCCUCCCACUCUCCUUUUGCACAUGUCCCCCUGGGCUCUCCCCAGGCCAGGCCUUCAUCUUCUGGCCCUCCCUUUUCUACUGUGCCCACGGCCACAAGCUUACCUUCAGUGGCCAGCACUCCUGCAGCUCCCAACCCCGCUGGGUCACCAGCGAACUGUGCUGUCCAGUCCCCUCAAACUCCAAACCAAGCUCACACGCCAGCCCAGGCUCCACCUCGGCCUGGCAACGGUUAUCUCCUUAAUCCAGCAGCAGUGACAGUGGCCAGUUCGGGCUCAGGCCCUGUGGCUGUGCCCAGCUCUGAUAUGUCUCCAGCAGAACAGCUCAAACAGAUGGCUGCCCAGCAGCAACAAAGAGCCAAACUCAUGCAGCAGAAGCAGCAGCAGCAGCAGCAGCAGCAUUCAAACCAGACUUCAAGUUGGUCUCCCUUAGGGCCUCCAUCAAGUCCAUAUGGAGCAGCCUUCACUGCAGAAAAACCAAAUAGCCCAAUGAUGUACCCCCAAGCCUUUAACAACCAAAACCCUAUAGUGCCUCCAAUGGCAAACAACCUGCAGAAGACAGCAAUGAAUAACUACCUCCCCCAGAAUCACAUGAAUAUGAUCAAUCAGCAGCCAAAUAACUUGGGUACAAACUCCUUAAGCAAACAGCACAAUAUUCUCACCUAUGGUAACACUAAACCUCUGACCCAUUUUAAUGCGGAUUUGGGCCAGAGAAUGACACCCCCAAUGGCCAACCCCAACAAAAACCCCUUGAUGCCGUAUAUGCAGUCACAGCAACAGCAGCCGCAGCAGCAGCAGCCGCAGCCACAACCACAGCCCCAGCCAUCCACUCCGCAGCAGCAGCCGCCUCCGCCACAGCUCCAGGCCCCGAGAGCGCACCUGAGUGAGGACCAGAAACGCAUGCUUCUCCUGAAGCAGAAGGGAGUGAUGAAUCAGCCCAUGGCCUACACUGCACUCCCAUCCCACAGUCAGGAGCAGCACCCGGUCGGGCUUCCGCGGACCACAGGCCCCAUGCAGCCCUCUGUGGCCCCAGGCUCGGGCAGCAUGGUCUCAGGAGCCAGCCCCUCGGGGCCCGGCUUCCUGGGCAGCCAGCCGCAGGCGGCCAUCAUGAAGCAGAUGCUGAUUGACCAGCGGGCCCAGCUGAUGGAGCAGCAGAAGCAGCAGUUCCUGCGGGAGCAGCGGCAGCAGCAGCAGCAGAUCCUGGCUGAGCAGCAGCUGCAGCAAUCUCAUCUUCCCCGGCAGCACCUCCAGCAGCAGCGGAAUCCAUACCCCGUGCAGCAGGUCAAUCAGUUUCAAGGCUCACCCCAGGACAUGGCAGCCGUGAGAAGCCAGGCAGCCCUGCAGAGCAUGCGGACUUCGCGGCUGAUGGCACAGAACGCAGGCAUGAUGGGAAUGGGACCGUCGCAGAACCCAGGGACGAUGGCCACAGCUGCGGCCCAGUCUGAGAUGGGCCUGGCCCCUUACAGCAGCACGCCCACCAGCCAGCCAGGAAUGUACAGCAUGAGCACAGGGAUGACCCAAAUGUUGCAGCACCCAAACCAAAGUGGCAUGAGCAUCACACAUGGCCAAGCCCAGGGGCCCAGGCAGCCUGCGUCUGGCCAGGGGGUCGGGAUGGUGAGUGGCUUUGGUCAGAGCAUGCUGGUGAACCCCACCCUCACCCAGCAGCACCAGCAGAUGAAAGGACCAGUGGGCCAGGCCCCGCCAAGGCUUCAGAGCAUCAUGGGGACCGUCCAGCAAGGAGCACAAAGCUGGCCACAGAGGAGCUUGCAGGGGAUGCCCGGGAGGACUAGUGGAGACCUGGGACCAUUCAACAAUGGCGCCAGCUACCCACUCCAAGCUGGCCAGCCAAGACUGACCAAGCAGCAUUUCCCACAGGGACUGAGCCAGUCAGUGGUGGACGCUAACACUGGUGCGGUGAGAACCCUCAACCCUGCCACCAUGGGUCGGCAGAUGAUGCCACCACUCCCAGGGCAGCAAGGCACCAGCCAGGCGAGGCCAGUGGUCAUGUCCGGCCUGAGCCAGGGGGUCCCUGGCAUGCCAGGCUUCAGCCAGUCCCCAGCACAGCAGCAGAUGCCCAGUAGCAGCUUUACCCCAAGCAGCCAGGGCCAACCCUACGAGCGGAACCCUGCUCAGGACUUGUCAUACAAUUACAGUGGGGAGGGCGCGGGGGCUUCUUUCCCAGGGCUCCCUGACAGUGCGGACCUCGUGGACUCCAUUAUCAAAGGCGGCCCAGGGGAUGAGUGGAUGCAGGAGCUUGAUGAAUUGUUCGGUAACCCCUAGUCCCAAGGGGUCCCGAGAGCCACAACUGGAGUGGUGCAAGCUUAACCCGUGAAAAAGAAGCAGGAUGCUGACUCAUCCUUGUGUUUUGUUUUUUUGACCCACGUAAACUGAGCAAAACUGCAGCUGGCUGGCAGGGGAAGAUCCAGGUGUCAAUCAGCCCUGCAGAGCCUCUUUGCACCUGAUUUUCACACAGCAAUCAAGAUGAGACAUCCUGCGGACCCCUGCUGCAAGAGGGGAGGCCCGGGGGUCAGGUAGGGAAGAUGCCAGCAGCCGAAGCCCCUCUGCUCAACGGCCCUGAUGAUCGCCUGGCCCAGCAGGAGCUGCUCCAGCCCAUAGGAACUGCCAGCCCUCCUGGCCCGGGUCCAGGGACUGCAGAUUUGGAGACAGGAGAUACAGAGCCUCAGCCGAGGAGACCCUCAGAGAGGCUGCUGGGCGGUGGCCCAGGCCACGUGCACAGGUCAGAAAGGCGCUGAAUCUGGGUAGAAAGAGAUGUCUGCUUCCAGACUUGCUUAGUACUGGGGGAAUAGCAAGCUGGUCCCAGAGAGACAACCAAGGAUCCCACAGACUAGUCUCCCGGCCCGUGAUGGCCCUUGAGCAUUGCGAGGCGUUGCUGUGGCCGCCGAUGAGGACAGCCAGCUGAGCUUGAGAAGGCCCAGUCCUGGCAACAGAUCCUCAGCAGGAGCCUCCUGGGUUCCCAGGCCAAGGUGAUACAUCCAGGUGGUUCUCAUCUGCCUCUGACAGCUGCGGGCGUGGAGAGACCUCUGCUGCAUUCUGUAUCCUCCAGCCAGCGCCUCCCUCCCCCAUCCCACCUGCCUUGCCUCCCCUUCCAGACUCUCCACGAAGCAAGGCUUUGGGCAGAGUGAGAACCAGUGGAAGAACUGAGACAAUGCCUGACAUGCGGAGGCGACACUGGAGCUUUCGUCCUCCAACACAUGCAGAAUUGAACAGAGUCUCUGCUUGGAACUGAGCGGGCUGUGCUGGAGCUGGAGUCUCCCCAAGGAAGAAAGGCCUGGAGGGGACCAGGCUGGGCUCCCUUUGGGGAAACCCCAGGGGUGCUCGCUCUGAAAUUGGCCUUGUUCGUCAUCUCUGCAAUCAGAAAGACAAAUAUAAAAUCCCAGAGAUGGGAGAACAUAAAAAUCAGUAGCUCUGCCAUACAAAUUUGGGUGGUAACAGGGGAAGACUUGGUUUCUUUCCUAAGGGCAAAGUAAUCCCC